AUGGAUCGGUCUUCUUUCACGCCCAGGAAUUCUAUUGCGCACAUUUGGACAGAAAUUCUUGGCCUUCCUGGUACUGCUUUAGAUGCUCUUGAUAUUUCGGACGAAGCAGGGUGUUACCCAUCGUCCUUCAAAGUGGAGCAUCUUGCCCAGAGUACCAUCGCUCUUUCAGCGCUUGCAGCGGCCCUUUUCCAAUCUUAUCGUCAACAGUGUACAGUGCCGAGGGUGACUGUAGAAGCCGAGCAUGCCUGUGUGGAGUUCAAGUCUGAGCGAAUCUACUUGCUCAAUGGCAAACCCGCCCCUUCUACUUGGGGCUCCAUUGGCGGCUUGCAUAAAACCGCGGACGGGUACAUACGAAUGCAUGAUUCGUUCCCCAACCAUUGCGAUAGUGCCUUACGAAUACUAGGCCUUCAAUCCAGCGCUUCAAGGGAAGAAGUAGCGAGGAAGGUGCUGCAAUGGACCUCGACUCAUCUCGAAGAAGAAGCUGCUAGAGGAGGUGCAGUUGUAGCUGCAUUGCGCUCUUUCGAAGAAUGGGACGCUUUGCCACAAGCGAAAGCCCUCAUAGACUUCCCUGUCGCAAUUAAUCAGGUGGCACACUCGAUGCCCUAUCUACCACAAAGAUGCACGACCUUCAGCGAUAGAUGUCUUCAAGGUGUCCGCGUCGUUGAGAUGAGCCGAGUUAUAGCUGCUCCGGUCGCAGGCAAAACUCUAGCAGCACACGGAGCCGACGUAAUUUGGAUCACAUCUCCGACACUGCCAGAUCUGCCCGACUUAGAUAUCGACCUGUCAAGAGGGAAGCGCACAGUUCAAUUGGAUAUCAAAAGACUCGAAGACAAGACCAAACUUCUCGAACUAUUGCGGACUGCAGAUGUCUUCAUCCAGAGCUACCGCCCCGGAAGCCUUGCCGCACAGGGCCUCUCUACUACAGAGCUCCUUCUAUUGAAUCCCAAUAUGAUCAUGGCGAGUUUGAACGCGUACGGGUCAGAUGGGCCGUGGUCGCAGCGCCGUGGCUUUGAUUCUUUGGUGCAAACAUGCUCUGGUCUUAAUGUUGAAGACGCCAGACAGCAUGGCACAGGCGAGGCAGUUCGUGUGUUGCCAUGUCAGGCACUCGACCAUGGCGCUGGGUAUCUCCUAGCAACUGGCAUUCUCGCGGCCCUAUACAAACGCGCGAUCGACGGCGGCGCGUACGAAGUAACGACUUCUUUGGCGGGGGUAAUGAAGUAUCUUCGAUCGUUAGGCCAAUUCGCAGGCAAGAGCGGAUUUGAGAGGAAACACCCAGAGGAUGUGACCCAAUAUCUCGAAACAAGGCAGACAGGCUUUGGGGAAUUGCGUGCUGUUCGACAUGCAGCCAGCAUCGCUGGCGUCACAGUAGGGUGGAAUGAGAUGCCUAAGCCGCUUGGGGCCGACCAACCUGUGUGGCUGUAGCUUCCAAGAAGAUGCAUUGUAAAUUCGUGGUUGUUGUGUCCC